AUGUCAGUGCCUGAGUACUACGUUAUGGAACUCUCCAAGCCAUUGUAUGGAUCCCGUCGCAACAUAACCAUGGACAACUGGUUCACCAGCAUAUCAUUAGCCAAAAAUCUGAUUGGAAAUGAAUUGAACAUGGUCGGAACGACGCGAAAAAAUAAAGGAGAAAUACCAGAGUCCUUUUUGGAGUUAACAAACAGAGAAAAAAAUACCGUUAUGUUUGCGUAUCAUGGACCUCUAACUCUAUUGUCCUAUUGCCCACUGAAAUCGACAAAGAAAAAAGUCAUCAUCAUGUUGUCAACUCUCCACGAUUCUCCAGAUAACAAAAAUGAAGUUGAGCUUCCAGAAAUUAUUCAUUUUUAUAAUAAAACAAAGGGAGGAGUGGAUGUGUUCGAUGCAAUGGCUAAAAAUACUCUGUCCAAAGAAGAACCAAUCGUUGGGCAAUGUGUAUUUUCUAUGGGUUAUUGA